ACCGUUAAAAAAUUUGAACGGAGCGACCGACUCCCAUCUCUCUCUCUGAUAGCAGUAACAGCUGAGGUAUGGCAUUUUUGGACCUGGUCAACGACACCAUGAAAGCUAAUGCCAAAAGAAGCUUCUUCUCUCUCUUAUGGUCGCGUCGUGAGCGCCUCACUGUCACACCUCCCGCCAUUAUCGAAGGGGAAGUCAAAGUUCUCUCAAAAACGGACGGUUAUACAGACCGUUAGAGACCUAUAUUUCUCCCUUCCCCUCAUUCCUCUACUCUUUGCAGAGGCAUUUGGCCAGGGCUUUGGUUUCGGCUUCAACGAUUGUGAUAUGAGUGCUUGAAUCUUCUGCCCUUUACUGCACCAACCGCGGACGAAAGCAGCUAUUCUUCCAAACGACGCGAUGGCUUCAGUCUCUGGCCCUAUGUCUCCCCAACCAGUUCCUGAGGUUGGCUUCCUUGAGGAUGAGAAGAAGACUAGGAUUGCAUCCUUAAAGAAGAAAGCCAUCAGUGCCUCCAACAAGUUCAGAUAUUCUCUGACCAAAAAGGGUAGGAGGAGUAGUAAAGUCAUGUCUGUUGACAUUGAGGAUGUGCAUGAUGCAGAGGAGUUGCAAGCUGUUGAUGCUUUCCGCCAAGUACUUAUACUGGAAGAACUUCUGCCUUCAAGACACGAUGAUUAUCAUACGAUGCUCAGAUUUUUAAAGGCCAGGAAAUUUGACAUCGAGAAAGCAAAACAAAUGUGGUCAGAUAUGCUCCAGUGGAGGAAGGGGUUUGGUGCUGAUACAAUUAUGGAGGAUUUUGACUUCAAGGAACGUGAUGAAGUGAAGCAAUAUUAUCCCCAAGGGUACCAUGGAGUAGAUAAGGAGGGAAGGCCAGUGUACUUCGAAAGACUUGGUCAGGUGGAUUCUACCAAGCUGAUGCAAGUUACAACCAUGGACCGUUAUUUGAAAUACCAUGUCCUGGAGUUCGAGAGGACCUUUACCGAUAAGCUCCCAGCUUGUUCAAUCGCAGCAAAGAAGCACAUUGAUCAAAGCACCACCAUCCUGGAUGUUCAAGGAGUGGGCCUUAAGCAAUUUAACAAAGCUGCAAGGGAUCUUAUUACUCGCCUUCAAAAGAUUGAUGGUGACAAUUAUCCUGAGUCCUUGAACCGCAUGUUCAUCAUCAAUGCAGGUUCUGGAUUUAGAAUGUUGUGGAACACUGUAAAGUCUUUCCUUGAUCCUAAGACCGCCGCAAAGAUCAAUGUUCUCGGCAAUAAGUAUCAGAGCAAGUUGCUUGAGAUAAUUGAUGCCAAUGAGUUGCCAGAGUUCGUAGGAGGUAAAUGUACUUGUGCCGAUAAAGGAGGUUGCAUGCUUUCUGAUAAGGGGCCUUGGAAUGACCCAGAGAUAAUGAAGAUGGUUCGAAAUGGCGAUCAUAAAUGUACAAAGAAGUCCGAGAGUCAAAACACUUGUGAGAAGACUAUUCCAGAGGAUGUUGUAAUCUACUCAAAGGGAUCUGACUCCACUAAUGUGGAUGCAGCUACAGAGUACCCACAAGCCUUUCCCGUACAUGUAAAACCUGACAACUAUAACUAUGAGUUUGCCCCAAUGGUUGACAAAUCUGUGAAUUCAACUUGGAAAAAAGUGGUGGAGGACCCCAAGUUUUCCCCUUCAAAAGAUGCAGAUUGCUACGCUGUGCAUGAUGCUGGCAAGGUUCCUCCUGAAGGGGUUAAUGCUCCGAUUUACACUGGUGUCAUGGCCUUUGUUACAGGCAUUGCCACCAUGAUCAGAUUGACACGCAACAUGCCUAGAAGACUCACUGAUGCCACCGCCUACGGUAAUGACUCGAUGAUUGAAGGCAAGGCAAAGCAGCUACCUGAACCAACUGUCUCCAGUGCUGAGUACAUGACUGUCCUGAAACGCAUGGCUGACCUGGAAGAGAGGGUGAGUGUGUUGAGCAUGAAACCUACCAUGCCACCUGAGAAGGAGGAAAUGUUGAAUGCUGCUAUUAGCCGUGUUAGUGCCUUGGAGCAAGAGCUUAUGGCAACCAAGAAGGCUUUGGAGGAUUCACUUGCUCAACAGCAGGAGCUUGUAGCUUAUCUUGACAAGAAGAAGAAGAAGAAGAAGCUGUUCAACUGGUAAAGGAAGAAGAGCGGAAUGCCGGGAGAUGCUCUGGAAACUGCUGGUGGGGUGGUUUUCUGUACUCCAUGGCCACCCAAAUGCACUCUUGUUUCAUGUUUCAAUAGUAAAGAAGUACCAUUUGAAAGUUUUGCCCCGGAAAUUAAAAAAAAAAUUGACGUUAUUUCAAAUUCGUCGUAAAUAAAGCCUAUACCUUAUAUAGUA